AUUCAAAAGUCCGUUUUUCGCUUGGCUUUAAGAGGAAGAAGAAACGUUGAAGCAACCGCGCGAAUCAUUCUCUCUAUUUCUGGAUCUUGCUCCAUUCUCCCAACUACUUGGAGAACAUUGAACCUUCCACAAACUCACACCAACUCUAAUGAACCUUCUCUGCUCACUUUGAAGAAUACAAUUUUUCUGGACAUGGAAAUACUCUCAUACAGUUCUGCUUCAUGCUGUGAUGUAAAUUUUAGGUGGAACUUGGUUGUAAAAAGCUCGAGUUUAAAUGGGUCCAAGCUCCCAGCUUUUAGAAAAAGUAGAGUUCUUUGUGCUAAUUUUGAUUCCACGAGUGGGGUUGUGAGCUGUUAUCAUAUAAAUCAGUCUUUCUCAAAGAAACUAAAUCACCGGGGAGGUUUUAGGGCGUUAAAUUCCCAUGAGAAGUUUAAACAAGUCGGUCCAACUCUAUCAAGUGGAAGCUCUGAUGGCUACGUAAUUGGUGUGGAAGAGGAUGCAAAUAUUUCAGAAACCGGGGAAUCAGUAACUAAAGUUUUGAUUCCUGGUGUACCGGAUGAAUCCAAUGGUGAAAUAAGUGCUCCUAUAAGUAGUUGCUUUUGGGAAUGGAAGCCCAAAUUCAAUGUGCAUUAUGAGAAAGCAGGAUCUGAAAACUUGGGCUCCCCACCAGUCCUGUUUCUUCCUGGUUUUGGGGUUGGUUCAUUUCACUAUGAGAAGCAAAUGAAGGAUUUGGGACGAGAUUUUAGAGUGUGGGCAAUUGAUUUCCUUGGCCAGGGCAUGUCCUUGCCAUUGGAAGACCCUGCCCCUCGUACUAGGGAAGAAGGUAUGUCGGACAGGAACAAUCUUGCUUGGGGCUUUGGAGAUGAAUCUGAACCAUGGGCAAGUGAGCUUGUUUACUCCAUUGAUUUAUGGCAGGAUCAAGUUCGUUAUUUCAUAGAAGAGGUUAUUGGUGAACCUGUCUAUAUUGCUGGAAACUCACUGGGAGGGUUCGUUGCUUUAUAUUUUGCUGCAUGUAACCCUCAUUUAGUGAAAGGUGUUACAUUGCUCAAUGCAACUCCUUUCUGGGGAUUUCUACCUAAUCCCAUAAGAUCUCCAAGAUUAGCAAAAAUAUUUCCGUGGGCAGGAACAUUUCCUCUACCUGCCAAUGUCAGAAAGCUCGUAGAAUUUGUUUGGCAAAAGAUAAGUGAUCCUACGAGUAUAGCACAGAUACUGGAACAAGUUUAUGCAGAUCAUUCAACAAACGUUGACAAAGUAUUUUCCCGCAUAGUCGAGACAGCAGAGCAUCCGGCUGCUGCUGCAUCAUUUGCUUCAAUUAUGUUUGCUCCUCAGGGACAACUAUCAUUUAAGGAGGCUUUAUCCAGAUGUCAAACGAGCAACAUACCAGUUUGUCUUAUGUAUGGGAAAGAAGACCCAUGGGUGCAACCUAUUUGGGGUUUUCAGGUGAAGAAGCAGGUGCCUGAAGCUCUAUUUUAUGAGAUCAGUCCAGCUGGUCACUGCCCUCAUGACGAAGUUCCUGAGGUUGUGAAUUACUUAUUGCGUGGGUGGAUCAAAAACCUAGAGUCUCAGGGUUUAGUCGCAUUACCUUUGCUUGAUGCCCAAGAAAGUGUGCAGAUUAACAUUGCGAGGGACUUGGAAUUCAUCAGAGAUGGAUCAACAAAGUCGGUGAAGGUGCGCUUUUUUGGAUCCAAGUUCUCACUUUGGGACAGGAUAAGCUCUUACAUCAGUUCUCACUUUGGGAAAUUAGAGCUCAAGUCAUGAAACCCAGAAACAUAUCUUCAUAGAUAAUGUAGAUAUUUAAAUGUAAAUUGUAACAUAUUCUUUGAUUAGUAUGACAUCUUCCACGGUUAUAGUUUUGUGA